AUGCAGAACCCCAUCAAGCCCCAGAACAAGGAGACUAAAGUAGAGUCCUUUGUAGAUCACUUAGAAACUUCAAACUAUUUAGAAGACACUGCCAGCCAGGCAGAAAUUAGUCCUAUCCCAAGUCAAGUAAUUUGUCCAGAAAACCCCGAUAUUUUAUGGAAGAACUGUGAGUUUCUGGGAAAUCAAAUGUGCCAUUUGGAAAACUUCAUCCAGUCCUUGAAGAUGAACAUCUUUCAUCUUCAAACUGAAAAGGAAUUGAAUCCACAGAAAACAGCUUUUCUGAAGGAUCAGCUCAAUGCAUUACAGGAGGAACAUUCCAAAAACCUGAAGCUGUUGCAACUUGAAGGGUUGAAUUUGCACCAACAUCUGAAAGAUAUCAAGGAGGAAGAAGACAAGACAAAAGAUGAAGUGCAAGGAUUGACUGCCACUCUGGGAAUCGCCACUGAGACAGAGAAGAAUGCAGCUGUUAUUGAAGAGGAACUAAAGACCACAAAGCGUAAAAUGAACCUUAAAAUUCAAGAGCUAAGGCAACAGCUGGCUCAGGAGAAGCACUCCAGGGAAUCUCUUGAGAAAUAUGCCUCAUCCAUGCUACUCAAAGUACAGGAAAUGGAGUCAACAGUGGAGGCAGAACGGAAGCAGGUGCACACUUUGCAGCAGAACUGCAUUGCCUUGCACACCUCUAUACAAACAACCCAAGAACUGUUGGUCCAGGAGCAACAGAAGAAUGAGAAGCUGGAAAUGGCUGCCUCGAAGCUCAAGUCUGAUCUAAUUUCCAGAGAUAACUGCAUUUACCAGGUGGCUGAAGAAAAUAAGACUCUGCAGAUGUAUUUCACCAAGGAACAUGAAGAAAACACAUAUUUGAAAUCUGAAAUAGUAUCCGUUCAAGACGUAUCAAGAAAAACACAGGUUUUGAAUGAGCAGCUUUCCAGGAAGUGCUCAGAGCUAACCACCAUGCUCCAGGUUGUUAAAAUGGAAAAUGCCAGAAUUGUUGCAGACCAGCAUGCUAUUCUGCAGGUGGAGCAGAAAAUGAUAACAGAGACAUUUCAGGAGCACAAUUUACUGUUGGACGCAGCCCAUGCCAGCAUCACAGGCGAGCUCCAGACUGUGCAGAACGAUAAAGUGCAGCUGCAGACACACCUAGAACAUUUAAUCCUUGAACACAGUCAGUGUCUCCAAAGAGCACAGGAUGAGGAAAAGAGGGCAACGGCCCAAAAAGAAGUCCUGGAGUCGACAAUUGCAAGACUGCAAGAUGAACUGGAAGCAUCAGAGCACGGGAGGAAGACUCUGCUGGAGGAGAAUGAAAGAUUUCAGAGGGAGGUUAAUAGAACAAAAAAAGAAGUAGCCAAAGAAAAAUGCAAUUUGGAAAAGGAAUUAGCUAAAAACAAGGUAGAGAUUAAUGUAUUGAACCAAAACCUGCAGAUUCUACUGGAAGAAAAUAAGCAUCUGACAGAUACAGUGUCUUCCCUGGACCAUCACAAAGUUACUUCUGAUUAUCAUGGGUUUGCUCAGCAGAAAGUGGAAAAAGCCUUGGAAAAUAUUACUGAAAGUAAAAAUAAACUUGCCUAUGAAAAGGGGAAACUCCAGAUAAAAGUUAGACAGCUAGAAGAACAGCUACACUCUUUCAGUGAAACCAGGCUGCAGAAUGAGCAUCUACACAAGCUAAACAAGGCUUUAAAGGUCAAACAGGCUCAGGUACGACUCCUGUCACAGAAUGACACCUGUUGCCAUCAGGUGCUGUUACAGUGUUGCAGGUCUAAGGCAUUGCUUGGCGCCUCACCCCACCUCACCCCACCAUCCUGGAAAGGUGACUACUUUCUCUUGACUCAGCUUAAGCCUCUGCUGUGUGUAAGAAUCUGCUGAGACAUAGAGGAAGUCAGAAAG